ACCCGAGAGCGAGUUUUGUGUGGAACGUGGCCCCAGCUAAGAUGGCGAGUAUUCAGUUGUAUCACUUCCCCGCAAGCCCGCCAUGUCGUUCUGUCCGCAUGACAGCCAAGGCUCUUGGUGUACAACUUGAGUUAAAACAACUCGAGUACCACAACAAAGGUCAUCUUAGCCCAGAGUUCAUAAAGAUAAAUCCGGACCACACGACCCCAACAAUUGUAGAUGGCGACUUCACGCUGUGGGAGAGCCGCGCCAUCAUGCGCUACCUGGUGGGGAAGUAUGGGGGUGAGGACAACAGCCUGUACCCCCGAGACCUUCAGAAGAGGGCAGAGGUGGACCGGCUCCUGGACUACGAUCUGGGGGUCUUCUACAGAGCCAUGUUGGACGAUGUGAUGAUGCCAUUAAGAUCAAAAACCAAUAGGACAAAAGAACAAGAAGAGAACAUCUUCAAGGCCUUCGAGCGGAUUGAUACACUGGUCAAGGAUAAGAAGUUCCUCACCGGAAAUACCCUCACCAUUGCCGACUUUGCGGUGGUAGUUGGGUUUGCUGCAGGAGUCAUCUAUCCAGGAGAUAUGUCCAAGUACCCCAAUGCCGUGGCUUGGUACAAGAGAAUACAGGAAUUACCAUACUACAAGGAAGUGAAUCAGCCAUUUUAUGAUAUAGUGGAAAAAAUGAAAAAUACACCAGCUGAAAAGCCUACAUAGUACAUUAACAUGUUGAAAUCCAUUUAAGCAUACUGGUGAAAAUGGAAAGAAACCACAAUAAAGUGGAAGCAUUUUUUGCUGCGUCAGUAUUAAAUCAUCCACCUGCACAUCCAAAAUCAUUUGCGCCUUAUAUCUAAUGGCGAUUUUACUGUAUGAAACAAUAAGCUAUACCUAUUGCUUAGAUUAAAAGUUUAUGGAAAUGUUU